UCCCGCUACACACCCGGGCGUAAUUUGACGACGGACCAGCCCGCUUCCGGUUCAGUUGUCAACAGAAAUAGCUCCACGCGUGUUUGCAAACAGCCAAAAUGCCGAAGGCUCAGAAAGGGAAAGUGUCGGAGAAGGUCGUCCACCCGUUCAGCAGGAAGGCUGCGUACCUCGCCCGGGAAGAGAUCCGACUGAAGAAGAAAGAAAGGCAGAAGAACGACAAGGCGUCGCGCCUGAGCAACAUUGGUGAGAAGCUGCUGUGGUUUCAGGGACAGUUGGAUCCAGAAAAGACGACUUACACCAGGAAAGAUGCCUGUGACGUCACUGAGAGGUACCUGCAAAGAUUUGAUUCUGAACUCGAGCAGAUCGAGUUGAUGAAUGGGAUCAAAGGUCGCCAGGGUCGUCUCCAUGGUGCCAGAGAGGCUGUCGUCAAACAGACCAUUGAGCGGGAGCGAGCGCAGUACGAGGGCGUCGGAUUUGAGAUCCCUGACAUCAUGAAUGCAAAGCAUCUGAAAACAUUCAGAGAGUGGACUGGCGAUCUGAAGAAACUUCCAAAUAUCAAACUGCGAAAGGUUUCCAGCAAAGGACAGGACACGAAUAACGAGAGGGAGGAGGAGAAACACGAGGCAGGAGAGGACGAGGAUGAGGACGACUGCAGUGAUUUGGAUGACGAGCAGGGGGGCGAGAUGGUUCAGACGUCCGACUCCAAAUGAUUCUGCAAGUUUUUGGCAUUGUCUUAGUAUGAACGCAUCAUUCAGGACAACUGAACAUCAGACGGCCUUCAGCAAAGACUGAGAUGCUGCUACUCCAUUACUGUCCAGAAGAUGGCGCCACACUACCAGAUAUGGAAACAUCUUUUUUUAAAUCAGCCUGCUCUCUCUCCAAACCUUCCCAAUGCUUAAUAAUGUAACAGCAGCCUGUGAGGGGUUCUACAUUCAUUGUUUAUUACAUAAACAAAUAUGCAUCAUGUUACCUGAACAAUCCAUUUUAUCCAGUCAGAGAUAAUAAAAAAAACAAAGUUGUUUUGACAAAGA